AUGGCUCGUGAAGGGUAUGGGUCUUCUGCUGACAGGUUGCAGGAUGCCAAGCACUCGUCAAUCAGUGAUGUAGAAGCAAAGGCGGUUCAAAAGAUUGGUCGCUGGUGGAAACGAGCUGUCAAUGAGAUGGAGAUUGAGAUUACGGUGCAUUUCAGAGAUAUGCGAGUGUCAGGUGAGAACCCACCUCCAAUCUACUGCAAUAUGUUCGUGCUCAAUUUCAGGGCGGAUAUGUCUGUGUCCAGCUUGGGCGUAGCCAUCUUAGAGAAGUAUGAUGAGCUCAUCCCCACGGACGGCGAUUACCUGCACUUGGCAAACCGAAGGUUCAAGCAGAUGCUCUUCAAGGGCUUGGUUAUUCCAUCCCUUGGCGAUUAUGGCACACCAUUGACCGACUCAAUUCGUAGUUUGAGGUCGCUUGGUUUCACGAAGGAGAACGAUGUGACGAUGCACCUCUACAAGGAGCAUUCCCCUGAGUUCGCCAGUUUCUUUCAGAAGCAUCCGUCCCAGUCGUAA